CACAGCAGGAAGCCAAGUCUGUCCUUUUUGGUUGGGGCUGCGGCUUUGGUAGCUUGCAAGUAUUACUGCCAUAAUCAAAAUGGAGCCUCAGAGAGAGAGAGAGAGAGAGAGAGAGAGAUGAAGAAGAACAGAAGGUUUUGUUGAGUCUUGACUGACUCCUCAGUUGUGCCUCCCUUUCUCUGUUCUGCCUUUUGGGCUUUGGGUUCCUUCUUUCUUUACCUGCUCCUACCUUUGCCUUUCGCCAUCAUCUUCAUAUCCUCCGUUUUUCUAACAGAUCCAACUCCAACUCCCCCACCCUUCUCUUUCUAUCAAGCUGGUUCUGAUUUGCGGUUUGGAUUUUUGUUGAUUCACAGUUUGGUGAUCUAGGAUUUAAUUGGGCUGGAGCUUCGGUUGUGAUCGGUAUUAGUGCUGUGGAUGUAUCAGUGGAACUAACUAGGAUAUUUCAUUAUUAGUUUCAAACCAGUGUGAUUAAAUACCUAGCUGUGCGAACUAAAGGAGCUUCUGGUUUUCCUCUAGUACUUCCAGUUUUGAAUUUCUGGACGCAAGGGCUACUCUUAGUUCUUGUAAAUAGGCCAAUUUCCUGGCUUUUGUAUGGAAUUGGUGAAUAAGAAGUGAGUUAUAGUUUGUGCUCAUCAAUACGAUGGGUGGUAUUUGCUCGAGGCCGGGAAGAUCCACCGUUGAGGAUCUGACUGUAGAUAAUGCUCCUAGAGGAAGCUUUCCACACGCUAAUGGUCAUUCUAAUAAUGGUGCUGGAGCCGUUUUCCCCCCAAAAAUAAAUGGCCAUUUGACCCCAUCACCUGUUGGUGAAAGCGUGGAUAAGCAGUUAGGAGGACCUUUUUCGUAUCAGGACACGAAUGUAGUUACAUAUGGACAGGAUCCGGAUGAUAUCAAUGACGGGAUACCACGCUUGUCUAGGGUGUUAUCACACAAAUCUAGAUCGACUAAGUCUAAGCAGGCAGCAGUGGCAAAGGUUUCGGAGGUGGGCUCACUUUUGGGCAGAGCUGGUACUGCUGGGCUUGGGAAGGCAGUAGAAGUUUUGGACACACUUGGUAGUAGCAUGACCAAUUUGAAUCUCAGCAGUGGUUUUACCUCAGGGGUGACAACAAAAGGGAAUAAAAUUUCAAUUUUGGCUUUUGAAGUUGCAAACACAAUUGUUAAGGGUGCCAAUCUAAUGCAAUCCCUUUCAAAGGAGAACAUCAAACAUUUAAAAGAGGUGGUACUUCCAUCUGAAGGGGUGCAAAACUUAAUUUCCAGAGAUAUGGAUGAGCUCCUGAGAAUUGCUGCAGUUGACAAGAGAGACGAAUUGAAAGUUUUCUCUGGAGAAGUGGUGCGUUUUGGAAAUAGUUGCAAAGAUCCUCAAUGGCACCAUUUGGAUCGCUAUUUUGAAAAGUUGGGUUCAGAACGUACCCCCCAGACGCAACUGAAGGAUGAAGCAGAGACUGUGAUGCAGCAAUUGAUGACUUUGGUUCAGAAUACAGCUGAAUUAUAUCAUGAGUUGCAUGCCUUAGACAGAUUUGAGCAGGAUUAUCGGCGUAAGCUUCAGGAAGAGGAUAACUCAAAUGCUGCUCAAAAAGGGGACAGCCUUGCAAUUUUAAGGGGAGAGUUAAAGAGUCAAAAGAAGCAUGUAAAAAGUUUAAAGAAAAAAUCUCUGUGGUCCAAGAUCUUGGAAGAGGUGAUGGAGAAACUUGUAGAAGUUGUCCAUUUCUUACAUACGGAGAUUCAUGAAGCUUUUGGUAGCGCUGAUGAUGACAAGCUAGUGAAGGGACAACAUAGCAACCAUAAAAAAUUGGGGUCUGCUGGUCUUGCAUUGCAUUAUGCCGGUAUUAUUGCUCAAAUUGAUACAAUUAUUGGUUUAUAUCCAGAUUAUAAGCAGAAAAGUUGCUUUAAUAGCACAAGAAUCUCACUUUGCAAUCUGGAGGUGUCUCGAUCAAGUUCUGUACCUCCAAAUACAAGGGAUGCUUUAUAUCAAGGGCUACCGCCUGGCAUAAAGGCAUCAUUGCGAUCAAAAUUACAAUCAUUUCAUGUUAAGGAAGAGCUUACCAUCCCACAAAUUAAAGCUGAGAUGGAGAAAACUUUACAGUGGCUUGUUCCUAUUGCCACUAACACAACAAAAGCUCACCAUGGCUUUGGAUGGGUUGGAGAAUGGGCAAAUACAGGGUCUGAGAUGAAUCGUAAACCUGCUGGUCAGACUGACUUGCUCAGGAUCGAAACAUUACACCAUGCAGAUAAGGAGAAAACUGAAACUUACAUUCUCGAACUAGUAGUAUGGCUUCACCAUCUGAUCAUCCAAGCUAGGGCUGGCAAUUGUGGAAUCAGGUCUCCUGUUAAAUCCCCAGUUCGCUCCCCCAGCCAGAAGACAAUUCAGUUAUCUACAUGCACACCCAACUCUGAAUCCCCUAUGUUGACGGUUGAAGACCAAGAGAUGCUCCGGGAUGUGAGUAAGCGGAAAUUGACACCUGGAAUAAGCAAGAGUCAGGAAUUUGAUACUGCUAAAAGCAGGUUAAGCAAGCAUCAUAGGCUGAGUAAGAGUAGCAACCACUCUCCAACAACUGAAAUUAAAAAGGAUCCAUUCCCGAUUAGGAGGCCAUUUUCUCUUCCUAUCAUCGACUUUGAUAUUGAUCGGAUCAAGGCCUUGGACGUCAUGGACCGAGUGGACACAAUGCGCAGUCUAUAAUUCUAUAUUAAGUUUCAAGAUGCAAAGCAAAGGAGACCUUGUCUUUGUGUAUUGGGUACAUAUGCUGCAUUUUCCAAUCUAGGGUGCUCUCAUCCAUUAUGGCAAGGUAAAAUCUCAGGUGAGUUACAAAUUAGGUGAUGAGUGAUAUAGGUCACCACCUUUUUGAAUGUGAAAAGUUAGGGUGAUAAUGAGUUGGUAAUUUAAUUGUUGUAGAGAUGGAAGGUAUUAGUUCUGUAUGUACAGACUUAGCAUUAUAAAAUAAUCAAAAUUUCAUGGUUUGCUUC